GGUGCUUAGAAACCUAUUGUGAAAAUUGCCUGAAAUCAGCUAUUUCUGUGGUUACGCAACCUUAUUGAAUCACUUACUCUUGCAUCUAGUUGGGAUAUUUCAAACGGAGAUUGCCAUGUGAUUUUGUCCGUUUGGCCACAUUGGUGAUUUCCCGAGUAUUGGCUUGGAGCAGUGACGAACAGGAUCCGAAACAUGCAACGCUCUCCGGAACCCAUGUCGUUGGAGGCGUUUGAUUCCAUCAGUGACAUAAUGAACGAUCCACAAAUGAAAAAGAAAAUAUCUGCUCUACCAGCUAAAUUACAGGUACAGUUCUUGGCAUCAGUCAGCAAGGCGUUUGCCAAGGACAGUAAUCUCACCGUUAAAGCUAUAAAUUCAACACGGAAUCUGUUGGCCAAUAAGGAGUCUUCGAUGGACAAAAGGAAACUUAAUAAAACAAAAGGAAAUCCUUGGCCUGGAAACCCCAUACCUAAUCCGGUGCAAUAUGAUGAUUCGGACACUGAUUCCGAUUCCGAUUCUGAUUCCGACAAAAACAAUUAUUAUGUCAAAAAACCUCUCUCAAGAGUUAAAGACUUUCCCAAAAAACCUGCAAUCCACAGUUUAGCCACAGAAAAUGAGGGUUCCGACACUGAUACUGAUUCGGACUCCGAUUCUGCCUCAUCAGUUGAUUCACGGAAAUGUAUCAAGGUUAAUGCAUCAGAAACUAGCGAUAGUGAGAGCGAAUCACACGUUAAUGACCAGCAGGUAGAGGAAACGGAAAAUGACGCGCCCGAACAGGACAUGAAGGUCACAGUGGGAACGGAGGGUUGCAUUAAGGAUGUCUCAGGGAGUUCGACUCAAGAAGAAGAUGAAAUUGAAAAAGCAAAUAAGGACGGAACGGACGGCGAUGGUGGCAGUGAAGCUGACCCUGGAGGGGAGAACACAGAAAAUGAACCUGCCAACGACGAAGAAAAAAAGACAGGUACUCCAGUGCGUGCAAGCAGGAGAUCUAUGAAGUUUUCAAAAAUAAGGUCAAAAUCUGCGCCAAACAAAAUGCCAAAUACUAGUAAUACAAGAGACAAAAACGGCUCACGACCAUUUGGUAAUUUUCUCCGACCGAAAACUGUCGCGCCACUGCCAGUGUGCAAGAAGCGGUCACGUGAAAGGGAUCCUUUCUUCGAUUUCCGCGUCACUACUGCCAUGACGACCCACGAGUUGGGACUCUCAAGACUGGAGAGGAUCGACAACCUUCCAACACCUCUUACUUUACCCAAGACAUUAUCUGCGCCCCAUUCCCCACUGAGGUCCAGCGCGAGCUCCUCGUCCGACCAUAAGACAAAUGUUGAAAGGGUAAAAUCGGUUCAAAAUGAAGCAUAUUUAUUGAGACAAUGCCAGAAAAAAUUGACAGCAUUUCCAAGUAUUCGAGCAGCUCAUUCUUACACGGUUAUCAAAACUGUACGAGAACAGGAGCAGAGCAAACCUUUCGAUCAUAGUGACAAACAUAAAUAUCCGCAACUUCGUCAGAUCCGGUAUAAGUCUGUAAAACCAACAUCAAGUUAA